GGGUUGGGUACGACUUGACUUGAUUCCGCUAAAAAUGGCGUCAAGUCCGAAAAAAAGAAAGUCAGAGGAAAACACAGAAAAGGACUUGCUCUAUGCCAUGAUGAAAAUUUGUACAGACUUAGACAAGUCGCAUAUUAUUUUAACUCCGUUAAAAAUUGAAUGUUGUAACGGGUCGCUCAGUUCUUCGUUUUCUAAGGCAUUUUGUAAUACAGAGCCCUACGACGAUCGCCUCUUAUUUGGCGAUGUGUUCCACUACGGCAUAUCGAUUUUAAGGGAAUUUGUAGAGAGUAAGAAGACUCCAAAUGACAGAAAAAUGUUGUUUGUGUUUAAUAAACUGAUGGAUUUUGUAAAUGGGGAUGGAAGCCUCAAACUUUCUGAUCCUCUAGAACUUCAAUCCCUCUCAGAACGUGAGCUGACAUUACUAGUGGUUAAUCAUCUGUUUAGGAAACUAGCAACAUCAUCCUGCUAUCUGAUUGACAAUAAUGGUCAUGAACACAGAGGGAAUAGCUGUGUAUGUGGAAAAGAUUCUUGUGAAAUGACGGGAUGGUAUGGGGAUACCAGUAUAGGAAAUGCAGAGGUGUGGCAUGGGAACAUUGAUAUCAUCAUCAAUGAUGAUUUGGCUGUGGAACCGUUGGAAGAGACCCCCAGUGAACAGUCUCCCCUAGAAGUAAAAUUAGAGGCUUCAUUGAAAACAAAUCCACAGAUCGCAGCACAAACUAUAGUUUUUUCUUUUCUCCAAAAAAAGAGACACCCAGAACGUGAGCACUUUUUAACCCCAUGCAUUGGAGUAAGACGUUCAGAGCUUUUUAUCAUGCUUUAUGAUUCAGAACAUGAUGUUUUGCUAGAGAGUUCUACUGUACCCCUCUUUGAGAAUGAAUUUUCUUGUGAAUUUUCUUUCUGUGCAAUUCUAGUUUGUUGGUUAACAGUUAACUACCGUUUUUUUUGUAGUGGUUUAAAUGAAAAGUUCAAAAUGCUGAAAAGCAAUUUUUUUGACAUUGCUAAAGAGAAAAUCACUGUAUAUGAAAAAGGACUACAGUUUCAAAGUGUCAAAACUUGUAAUUGUCCAGAGCUUAAGCUGGCAAGACCCUAUAUUUCAUCAUUUAUGCACGAUACCCAAAAAGUGCUAAUUGAAAAGUACUUAAAAUUGAAUAAAUCUGAUGAAAAUGGUCUAGAUGUGAAAAAUUAAAGCUAAUUGUUCCACAUUAAUUUGUAAAUCAUUCAUUGCUUUUAUUUCUUCUGGAUUUUGAUUUUUUCCCCAGAAAGUUUUGAAUAUUUUGCAACUGAAUGGCUGAACAAAGUUGUAUGGACAGGGUCUGGAAAAUUAAAAAAUUUUAAAUUCCCAAUACAAUG